AUGAAGCUCCUCUCCGCCGCCACGAUGCUGGCCACGGCCACCCAGCUUGCCUCGGCUCGCUACAUCAUGUACGCCGACGAGUGGCACUUGUCUGAUCUGGGCAACGCCACCACCAACGCCGGCAUCGACACGGCCAUCAUGGCCUUCGUGUCGACCAACGACUUCCUGACCGAGGAGGGCGGCACUUUCGAACUGUUCGAGCCCGUCGAGACCUUCCGCGCCCGCUUCGACCCCGGCGUCAAGGUGCUGGCUGCCAUCGGCGGCUGGAACGACGUCAACUACACCCUGACCCUCAAGGACGAGGCCGCCCGCACCCGCUUUGCCAACAACUGCAAGAAGCUGAUUGACAAGUACAACCUCGAUGGCAUUGACAUCGACUACGAGUACGUCGGCGGCAACGGCGCCGACUACAAGACGGUCCCCAACUCGGACAAGGUGUGGGAGGUCGAUGCCUUCCCCCUGCUGCUCAACGCCACGCGCCAGGCCAUCGGCCAGGACAAGCUCCUGUCCAUCGCCGUCCCCGGCCUCGAGCGUGACAUGUUCGCCUUCACGGCCGACACGAUGCCCAAGAUCGUGCCGCUGGUCGACUGGUUCGGCAUCAUGACGUACGACUUCAUGAACCGCCGCGACGGCUACACGAUGCACCACUCGGACCUCGUCGGCUCGCGCGACUCGAUCCAGCGCUACCUCGACCUCGGCCUGCCCGCGUCCAAGGCCACGCUCGGCUUCGCCUUCUACGCCAAGUACUUCACCAUCGACCCGACGUCGAGCUGCGCCACCGAGCCCCUCGGCACCGGCUGCAAGACGGUCGCGCUCGAGCUCGCCGACGGCUCCGACAACGGCCUUUCCGGCGCCAUGACCUUCGAGCCCAGCAGCGUCGCCGGCGUCGCCCCCGCCAACCUGACGACCAGCACCGACGGCACCUGCGGCGCGUCGCUCGGCCUCAAGUGCCCCGAGGGCACGUGCUGCAGCUCGGGCGGCUGGUGCGGCAGCACCGAGGCGCACUGCGGCCUGUCGUGCCAGGCCAACUUCGGCGUCUGCAACGGGCUGACGGCGAUCCAGUCGUGGCAGAACGCGCUGGCGGGCGCCGUCGUCGACGAGACCAACGGCGGCAACUACUUCCUCGACAAGAACGCGUCGCUCUUCUGGACGUGGGACGAGCCCAAGCACAUCGCCGACAAGUUCGCCGCCAUCGUCGCGGAGCUCGGCGUCGAGAACGUCAUGGCUUGGUCGUUGGCCGAGGAUAGCCUCGACUGGCGCCACGUCAUCGCCAUCCAGGAGGGCGUCAAGUCGCACUGCCUGUCGAGCAUCGAGGGCUUCAGCGGCGGCGCCUGCGACGCCGCCACCAUCAAGCACGACGCCCUCAAGACCGACGUCCUCAAGACCGACGUCAUCAAGACGCGCACCGGCGACAAGUGGCGCAACACCCUGUCCCACUACGCCGCUCCCAUCGCGCCUCGUGGCGCCCCUGCUGCCUUCGCCGAGGUCAACGUCCACGGCCACAGCAUUUGA